UGGGAGCGAAUUAAAAAUGGGCGAUUUUGAGAAAGGCAAGAAGAUUUUUGUUGAGAAGUGUGCCCAGUGCCACACUGUGGAAAAGGGAGGCAAGCAUAAGACUGGAUCAAAUCUCCAUGGUCUGUUUGGGAGGAAGACAGGUCAGGCUGCUGGCUUCUCGUACACAGAUGCCAACAAGAACAAAGGCAUCACCUGGGGAGAGAAUACCCUGAUGGAGUAUUUGGAGAAUCCCAAAAAGUACAUCCCCAGAACAAAAAUGAUCUUCGCUGGAAUUAAGAAGAAGGGACAGAGGGCAGACCUAAUAGAUUAUCUUUAA